GUGUUCGCGUCUGAAGUACUGGUCUUCGCUGAAUACGCGGAGUUCGUGUGCACCGUCCUCUAUGGGAUCUAUACGCUGGUGCUGUAUCACAUGCCGUACGCCAAGUACAACCCGAACUUCAUCGGACUGUCCGAGGAGAGCUUCUGGCAGGCGGCGACGAACUGCGCCGUGUACGCCGCCUUUGAAGGGUUCACGCUAGCGUUUCCGUUCAUCCUAGUGCGUGCCAAGUACGGGCUCUCGACCUUUUACCAGCUCGCGUUUGUGCUGGAGAAGUACUGGAUGAGCGUACAGGGGAAGCUGGUCGGCAGCCUCGCGCUCAUCUUUAUCCUCAAUACCGUGCACCAAGGU